AUGGGGCUGUUCAAUGCUUUUCUUCAGUCCUGCUGCUCCGUCUCCCUGUUGGGGGCUCUGAUGGUCCUAGUCCUGAUCUACCUGGUUUCUACCUUCGGCUCCAAGGAGGACAAGGAUCCUCCAGGACCAAGACCACUUCCUCUGCUGGGGAACCUGCUGCAGCUGGACCUCAAGAGACCCUACAACUCAUUACUGAAGCUUUCCAAGAAAUAUGGAUCAGUGUUCACCGUCUACUUUGGAUCCAAAAAAGUUGUGGUUCUGGCCGGAUACAAGACGGUGAAGGAGGCGCUCAUCCAGAAUGCCGAUGAGUUCGGAGACAGAGACCCGAUGUUAAUCAUACAGGAUACAAAUGAAGGACACGGGGUUUUAUGGUCCAAUGGGGAUUCGUGGAAAGAAAUGCGUCGCUUUGCUCUGACGAACCUGAGAGACUUCGGAAUGGGCAAGAGGGCAAGUGAGAGCAAAAUCAUAGAGGAAUGCGAUUACCUCACCGACGUGUUUAAGAAAUUUAAAGGAAAAGCUUUUGAUACGACCCAACCGAUGAACUAUGCAGUCUCUAAUAUUAUCUGCUCCAUGGUGUACGGCAGCAGGUUUGAAUACGAUGACCCGGAGUUUACGUCUAUGGUCGAUCGAACAAACAAAAAUAUUCAACUCGCGGGAUCUCCAUCAAUACAAAUCUACAACAUGUUCCCGUGGUUUGGUAAAUUUCUCUCUAAAAGGAAGGAAUUCUGCAACUUUUAUGAUGCUAAUAAGAAACAGAAUUUACAGCUGUUCACACAUCUGAAGAAGACCCUCAAUCCCCAGAUGUGCAGAGGGUUCGUGGACGCCUUCCUGGUCCGAAAGCAAAACCUGGAGGAAUCUGGGGUUUCCAACAAUCACUUUCACGAUAAAAACCUUCUGAACACGGUUAAUAAUCUCUUUGCUGCUGGAACAGACACAACAGCAACAACCCUGAGAUGGGGACUCAUGCUGAUGGCCAAGUAUCCAAAAAUACAAGACCAGGUCCAGGAGGAGCUGAGCAGAGUGAUCGGAAGUCGUCAGGUGCAGGUUGAAGACAGGAAGAACCUGCCCUUCCUCGACGCCGUCAUCCAUGAGACGCAGAGACUGGCCAACAUCGUCCCGAUGGCUCUGCCUCACAAGACGAGCCAGGACGUCACCUUCCAGGGUCACUUCAUCAAGAAGGGGACCACCGUGUAUCCUCUGUUGACAUCUGUCCUGUACGAUGAGAACGAGUGGGAGAAACCUCACUCCUUCCAUCCCGCCCACUUCCUGAACAAAGAGGGAAAGUUUGUCAAGCGAGACGCCUUCAUGCCUUUUUCUGCAGGUCGCAGGGUUUGUCUCGGAGAGAGUCUGGCCAGGAUGGAGCUCUUCAUCUUCUUCGUCACCCUCCUGCAGCGCUUCCGUUUCACUCCGGCUCCGGGAGUUUCAGAGGACGACCUGGAUCUGAAGCCUCGAGUGGGAUUAACCCUUAACCCCUCCCACCAUGAACUGUGUGCUGUUCCCUGUAUGUGA